AAAGCUGUAAAGCUGUAAAGAACCAAAAACGCAAAAAAAAAAUCCUAAAAAAAAAUCAACCAGUUGCCCUGCCCACAAACAUUUCAUCGUUACAACUAUUGCCCCUUGUUUUCUGGUUCACACUCAGCAAAGGGAACCGUCACUCUUCAUCAAGGUGCCAUAGCAGAGAGAAGCGGAAGAAAAAGUUAACCUCACGAUCGUUUAUCAAACAGCUUGUUGUGUUUUUUUCGUCUGGACUUAACGCGUUUGACACUUGUGUUUUUUUGCCAGGGUUUUCAGCUUUUUGUUUCUUUUUUGUUUACUUGUGUGUUUCACCUGUUUCAUUAUUUACGGUGGUGCUACCGUUAUUGGAAGGUCCACAGAGCACACACUUUACCACACACAUAGAGAAGGAACACAGUUGUACGCGAUAUGUCUCACCGUAACAGUACCUCUGUUUCAACGGGUGCUUUUGGUUCCACCGUGACCACGUCUGUCGACUGGGGAGAGCUGGAGAGCUCGUUGACAUCAUCAACAUCCUUCCUGUCGUCAUCCACUUUCUACUCCAGUAAUAAUGAGAGUGUGAUAUCAACCACUUCAGAGUAUGGUUUUGCUGAAGCGGUAGGGUCGACAACGCCAGAGAGCCAGAUAUCGUCAUCCAUCGGCCAGUCAGCUGCACAGUCAACGGGUUCAAUCAGUGAAGCUUUAAUGUCAAGUUCCAGUGCAGGUGUAAGUUCUUCAGUUCUAUCCAGCUCAUCGCCGUCGAUUUCGUGGUCCUCGCUGAAUAUGAGCUUCAACUCCACGUACGGUUCCCAUUUGACUGGCUUUGCAGCUUCAACCGCAACUGGAACUUCCGCGUUAGAGUCUAGUUCGAGCCACAGCUCAAGUUCAAGGACAAGCCAGACUACAAGAACUGGAGGGAGAACUACUCGCAGUUUAUCGUCUUCAUCCUCAUCGGUCUCAUCUUCAGACGAGCCUUCCCCAGACAUGACCACUUCUUCCACCAUCUCACCUACGGAGGAAACAUCAACAACCAUUUACUAUUCACAAGAGUACUACAUCACAGAUUCAGAAACGACAUUCACAACGUUUAUACCCACAAUGACAGUCGUUGAUGCAACGUCUACACCUACACAGACCAAAGCCACGAUAACCACAGACCUCGCAUUCUUGGAGAAUGCUAAUCUAUACAGUGCUAGCCACUCAAACUCUUCAACUGAUAGUACGAACCGAGGAGGUAUUAUUGGAGGUGCCAUUGGCGGUGUUGCUGGAUUCAUCAUCGCCAUUGUUCUGCUGUGGUUAUGGCGUCGCCAUAAUACCCGCAAACGGGGAGAGAAGAAGGGAUUUUCUCACUCGAUAACCUCUACAAGACGGUAUGACGAAGAGAUGUUCAAAGAAAAGAAUGACUCAGGAGACAACUCCAAGCUUUCGAUGAGCGGGUUAUUCUCCUGGCUAAAGAGAACUCACUCGAACACUUCGACUCACUCGUCAGUAUCAACAAACCCCUCUUCAGCUGGAUUGGACGGUCUAAGAUCAUCAAUAUUACAAGAACAGGAACUCCAACAGCUGAACCGUUAUGCACAGCCAUACGGACAACUAUCUUCACAGCAGAGAGAAAGAGUUCAAGGAUAUGAAACCAUGAGAAGAAUUCAUACAGUUGAGGAAGAUGAGGAGUCACCAGUGGAAUCACCAGUUGCCUAUAGCAAGAAACAUUCACAGACUUACAAGUCAUCAAGAUUACAAAACCCAAGGUUGUUAAUCCAACAGCAGGAGAAUCCAUUUGAAGAGACGAGGAGAAGACCACCACCACCACCUCCUCCUCCAGCAGCCAGAAAAUCUACUGCUACAAUGGCGAUGCUUGACCACCAUCGUUCUGGAAGUGCAAGUCGACAUUCAAGUGCAUCACAGGAUUCGAGCGUACUGAGUGAUUCAGGAGACAGCGAUGACAGUUUACUUGCAGAGAACGAUGGAAACGCAGGUUCUAGUGCACAGAGAGGAUUCUUUGUAGAGAUUGUUUAAAUUACAAGAUACGUUUGAAACAAAAGACACAUUGUUUCAACCUUCUCCAAGUUUGUCAACCUAGAAUUUACCAUAACAUUUCCACCUGUACCAUAUCCUAUAUCCCCUAUGAAGUUACUGGGAAACACACACUG